CCCAAUCCCCCAUUGUUCAACUACUGUUUGAGAUCCAUCUCGGAUGUCCCUGAAUUUGGACUCUGGGGCUUUUGACUUUCUUGACUUGGACCUUGGGUCAUUGCUUGCUCGACCUUUCCACCGGUUAGGUAGAUAUUAGCACCAAAGAUCCCCCCUCAUUCAAAACCACUUACACCCGUGCUUUUACUACUUUACUUUCAACAACCUCCGUCACCCACUCCACUACCACCACCACCUACUUACUUGAUCAGUCUAGAGAGAAGAGACAUAUUUCCCAAGGCUUCUUAUCCUCUCUUCCUUUCACACUUUACCAUCUGAAGUUUGAAAUACUUCCAUCUCUCCGACACAUCAUUCUCAACUCUGCGACAAGUCACCUCUCCGAAUUCACAGGUCCAACUGGAAAUCUUGGAAGAAAGAAACCUCAUCCUUGUAGCGGGGCAAUCUGAACCUCUUGGUCUGGAACACAUAUUGGGAGAGAUUAUAGUACAGGUACAGCAUAUCUCCUUUCCAAACUGUUUAUAUAUCGGAUGAAUUGUCUACAAUCUUCGUAUGCAAUUUGCGCAUUUGUCAGAAGAAGUUCCGAGUUGUUCUGGAAGCUUUAGAAUCUUUCGAGAUAAACCACGGUUCCCAUUACCUUUUGUCAACGUCGUGAAGAUUUCAGCUGGUUACAUUCUGGACCGAGCGCAAGCAGGUACAAGUGUUGAGAACAGCCUUCACGACUUUACUUUUGAGAAAGAUCAAAUCAAUCUUUUCAAUCAGUAGCUCGUUGUCUUUGUACACGUUUAGCUCUCAACAGCAAUUUAUUUCAGAGAAAGGAAAGCCUGCCAGCUGAAAGAACAGUGAAAGACAAGGUUCCAAAAAAAGGAAAAGUUUCCGAGCUUCGACAUUUCUAUUUACAACAAAAUAGCAUCCUUCCACUUUAGCACUUACGAUUUAUUCCUGUAGUCAUUCAGUAAAGCUGUCUAUUGGUGUUUACAACUGGUAGACAAGUCUCCAGUUCUUCAAUUCUGCAAGAUACGACCUUUUUGCUUCAUAUACCCAUUAUUUCACCAUGACAGCUCGUGCGCCUAAUCCCGCCUCGGGAUCACGAAAGAUCUCUUUCAAUGUCAGCGAGCAAUAUGAUAUCCAGGAUGUUGUAGGAGAAGGAGCUUAUGGUGUUGUCUGCUCAGCUUUGCACAAGCCUUCGGGGCAAAAGGUCGCUAUCAAGAAGAUUACUCCAUUCGAUCACUCUAUGUUCUGUUUGCGAACACUCCGUGAGAUGAAGCUACUCCGAUACUUCAAUCACGAAAACAUCAUCUCCAUUCUCGACAUCCAGAAGCCAAGAAACUAUGAGUCCUUCACAGAAGUUUACCUUAUCCAGGAACUCAUGGAGACCGAUAUGCAUCGUGUAAUUCGCACCCAAGAUUUAUCCGACGACCAUUGCCAAUACUUUAUCUAUCAAACCCUGCGAGCCUUGAAAGCCAUGCACUCCGCAAAUGUUCUACACAGAGAUUUGAAACCAUCUAAUCUGUUACUCAAUGCCAACUGCGAUUUGAAGGUCUGCGAUUUUGGUCUUGCUAGAUCGGCUGCAUCCCAAGAAGAUAACUCUGGUUUCAUGACAGAAUAUGUUGCGACCAGAUGGUACCGUGCUCCAGAGAUUAUGUUGACGUUCAAGGAGUACACCAAGGCUAUUGAUGUCUGGUCUGUUGGAUGUAUCUUGGCCGAGAUGUUAAGCGGAAAGCCCCUGUUCCCUGGAAAGGAUUAUCACCACCAACUCACACUCAUUCUUGACGUUCUUGGUACUCCAACCAUGGAAGAUUACUACGGUAUCAAAUCUCGUCGUGCAAGAGAAUAUAUCCGAUCGUUGCCAUUCAAGAAGAAGGUUCCUUUCAAGACCAUGUUCCCAAAGACCUCAGAUCUCGCUUUGGACCUCCUCGAGAAGCUUCUCGCUUUUAACCCAGUCAAGAGAAUCACUGUCGAAGAAGCACUGAAGCACCCAUACCUUGAACCAUACCACGAUCCCGAAGAUGAGCCAACCGCCAAUCCCAUUCCAGAAGAAUUCUUUGAUUUCGAUAAAAACAAGGACAACCUCACCAAGGAACAACUCAAAAAAUUGAUUUAUGAUGAGAUCAUGAGAUAGACUUUGCCUUUAAUUUCGUUUUUAAUUGCUUCGGAUAUCCUUCAACGCAUUAUUUGGAAAUUUAAAUCUUGAACUAUUGAUUAAUUUAGUCCUAGAAAGAAGGUACUUGUGGCAUUGAAAUUUCAAACAUUUGAAACUGUACUUGCAACUUUCUGUUCUGGACCGUAUUUAUCUCGCUUCACUUGGUGACGCAAUCUUCACUCGAUUUGUGUAGUCUCAAAAAAGGAUCUUUAAAUAACCGGAUCUUACGAAGAUGAUAUAAGAGAAUAUGGCUAUAAACCUUGCGUUUGGGUUGGAUAGUCUGAGGGUGGGAUGACGAAAGGGGAAGACUCGAAGAGCAUUUUCUUUUUCAUAAUUUACGGGAUGGAUUCCAGACAGGGGGUUGGGAAUUAGCCAGUGGCGAGAUAUCAUUUGAGAUGAUUUUUUUUUUUUGAAAGAUGAUGGGAGGAUGGAGGAUGGAAUGCAAAUUAUGAUGGCAUGAAAUCAUGUUA